CCGAGGAUCUCAGCUUCGUAAAAUAGUAAUAAAUCUCCUCUUCUUCUCUCUCAAAGCAGACCGGAGGGGAGCCUGCUGUAUCAGAGCGAAAGAUGAGCAUUAUGCUAUAUCUGAGAUCUUACUCUGCUUUUCUUCUUCUUCUUCCCUUUUGUAUUUUCAUAGCUUCUACUUCCUUCACAUUCUCCCAUGGAAGUUCUCAACUGCACCAUCCCCAGCCUUUACGUGUUCAAGAGGUGUUUGGAGGGCGGGUAAAUGGUGGGUUGGUUCCAUGGAAGACAGGGAGGUCUCUUGCAGAAGGGAGCGGGGACAACUCGUCUCUGAUACUGGCUGCCAAAAGAACUCACAGGAAAGACCCUUCCGAUGGGUUCAGCUACUACACUGGUGGGUGGAAUAUCAGUAAUGGCCAUUACUGGGCUUCUGUGAGUUACACUGCAGUGCCCUUUUUCGUCCUUGGUGGAAUCUGGUUUGUGCUCUUUGGGCUAUGCUUGUCCCUCAUCUGUCUCUGUUAUUGCUGUUGUAGACGAGAACCUUAUGGCUAUUCUCGAACGGCCUAUGCACUCUCUCUUAUUUUGCUCAUACUUUUCACCAUUGCUGCCAUAAUUGGAUGUGUUGUUCUGUACACUGGUCAGGGAAAGUUUCAUGGCAGUACAACAAACACACUGGGAUAUGUGGUGGAUCAGGCAGAAACAACUUCUGAAAACCUUAAGAAUGUCUCAGAAUAUCUCUCUGCAGCUAAGCGAAUUGGAAUAGGUUCUAGUUUUCUACCUGCAAAUGUCCAGACCAACAUUGAUCAUGCUGAAGCAAAGAUUAAUGCUUCUGCUACCACUCUUGACACUAAGACUCAAAAGAACUCAAAAGACAUACAGGAUCUCUUGGAUGCUGUGAGGUUGGCUCUUAUUGUUCUUGCCGCUGUCAUGCUUCUUUUGGUAUUUCUUGGGUUUUUAUUUUCCAUUCUGGGAUUGCAGUGUCUUGUAUACUUUUUAGUGAUCAUUGGGUGGAUUCUUGUUACGAGCACAUUUAUUUUGUGUGGCAUAUUUCUCCUCCUCCACAAUGUGGUGGCAGACACAUGUGUUGCAAUGGAUGAAUGGGUACAGAACCCCACUGCCCGUACAGCUUUAGAUGAUAUAUUGCCAUGUGUGGACAAUGCAACUGCUCAGGAAACCUUGUUGCGAACUAAGGAUGUUACCUACCAACUUGUCACCGUGGUUAAUACUGUCAUCACCAAUGUCAGCAAUAUUAACUUUGCACCCAACUUUGUUCCUAUGUAUUUCAAUCAAUCUGGUCCAUUGGUUCCAGUUCUCUGCAACCCAUUUAAUGCUGAUCUCACAGCUAGGCAAUGUUCAGCUGGUGAAGUGGACUUGAACAAUGCAACACAGGUGUGGAGCAACUAUGUCUGUCAGGUAUCUGCAUCUGGAAUAUGUACGACUCCUGGUCGACUGACCCCCUCCUACUAUAAUCAAAUGGCGGCUGCAGUGAACGUCAGCUAUGGUUUGUAUCAUUAUGGUCCGUACUUGGUUGAUCUCCAAGACUGCACUUUUGUGAGGCAAACAUUCACUGUUAUCAGUGAUGAUCAUUGUCCUGAGUUGCGGAAAUAUAGUAAAUGGAUAUACACUGGGUUAGUAAUGGUAUCUGUUGCUGUAAUGAUGUCAUUAAUCUUCUGGGUAAUCUAUGCAAGAGAGCGACGACAUCGUGUCUAUACCAAGACGCAUAUGCCUAGAAACUACGGAGCUCCAUAUGAAGAGAAGGCUCCAUAGAGAUUUUCUAGUUUAGUUCUUCGCAUUAGAUAGUGUAGUUUCUUUAAUGUAUAUUUGAGUGGUAUACUUCUAAGUUUCUGUACAUUAGAGUAGUUACGUUUAAUGCCAGCUAUGAUAUUUGUCAUGUUUUCAGCUUUCAA